UUUAGUUUCCGGGUUUUAAUCCAAUCGGGCCUAGCCCGUUUACUGCUAAGCCUUAGCAUUUCCUUCUACAGUUUUUACUUCAGACGCAAUUCGAUCGGAAACUAAGCAAAUCUCAGAGGCUCACAUGGCUCCCGUUGCUCCUAGAUCCGGCGACGCUAUUUUCGCCAAUGUUGAACGCGUGAACGCUGAACUUUUCACCCUAACGUACGGUGCGAUCGUGAGGCAAUUGCUUACCGAUCUGGAGGAGGUUGAAGAGGUCAACAAACAGCUUGAUCAAAUGGGUUAUAACAUUGGAAUUCGGCUCAUUGAUGAGUUUCUGGCAAAAUCUAAUGUCUCUAGGUGUAUCGAUUUCAAGGAAACAGCUGAAGUCAUUGCCAAGGUUGGUCUCAAAAUGUUCCUUGGUGUCACAGCAACUGUGGGCAACUGGGAUGCUGAGGGAACAACGUGCAGUUUGAUUUUGGAGGACAACCCCUUGGUAGACUUUGUUGAGCUUCCCGAUACUUGUCAAGGUCUAUAUUACUGUAACAUCUUAAGUGGAGUAAUCAGAGGAGCAUUAGAGAUGGUGUCAAUGAAAACAGAAGUCACAUGGAUCCGUGAUAUGCUUAGAGGGGAUGAUGCAUUCGAGUUGCAGCUGAAACUUCUGAAGCAAGUUCCUGAGGAGUAUCCAUACAAAGAUGACGAGUAACAGCUGAAACUUACAAAUUUUGUAUUGUUUCUUUUUUCGGUCUUAAAGCAUUUUGUGCUUCCUCUCUAUGUGAUCUAGAAAUAUUAAGCUCCCUAAACCCUCCAUUGUGAUAAGACAUUUCUUUGUAGUGUUACACUGUUACUUAUGAUGUUAAUGAUUAGCUAUCCAGAAUAUCUAUAUUCAUCC